CUUCUGAUUGCUGGGGCGAUUCCUAGGAUUCCCUGACCGCCCCGCUUGCAGCGCAGGUCCUGCAUCUAAGCCCCUCUGAGCUCCUUCCAGACUCUCCUAAGCCAGAUCCUUGCCUCUUUGAGGAAGAAACUGAAGUGAGAAAGAAGCGACUGAAAAAGAACAAUUUGAAGGAACAGAUUCAUUUCUUAACAAGAUCAAUUUUGAAUUAAAUGGCUGAUAAACAGAUCAGUUUACCUGCCAAGCUGAUCAAUGGAGGGAUAGCUGGGCUGAUCGGGGUCACCUGUGUAUUUCCCAUUGACCUGGCAAAAACUCGCCUGCAGAACCAGCAGAAUGGUCAACGGAUGUACAGCAGCCUGUCUGACUGCCUCAUUAAAACAAUUCGGUCGGAGGGCUACUUUGGCAUGUACAGAGGGGCUGCAGUGAACCUGACUCUGGUGACACCAGAAAAGGCUAUCAAACUGGCAGCCAAUGACUUCUUCCGGCAUCACCUCUCCAAAGAUGGGAAAAAGCUGACACUUCUGAGGGAGAUGCUGGCAGGCUGUGGCGCGGGUACCUGCCAGGUGAUUGUCACCACUCCCAUGGAGAUGCUCAAAAUCCAGCUGCAGGAUGCAGGACGCAUUGCGGCACAGAAGAAGCUCAUGGCGGCGCAGGCCCAGCUCUCCUCCGCGCCCGCGGGAGCGGCCGAGCCGGCGGUGGAGACGCACCCCACGGCCACCCAGAUCACCAGGGAGCUGCUGCGGAGCAAAGGCAUCGCUGGACUCUACAAGGGCCUGGGAGCCACGCUGCUGAGGGAUGUCCCAUUCUCCAUUGUUUACUUCCCCCUGUUUGCAAACCUGAACAAGCUGGGCCAGAAGGACCCCAAUGUCAAGGCUCCGUUCUACGUGUCCUUCCUCUCGGGAUGUGUGGCCGGCAGCACGGCUGCAGUGGCUGUCAAUCCUUGUGAUGUGAUCAAAACGCGGCUGCAGUCCUUGCAGAGAGGAGUGAAUGAGGAUACCUACUCGGGGAUCCUGGACUGCACCAAGAAGAUCUGGCAGAGGGAAGGGCCCACGGCCUUCUUCAAAGGGGCCUACUGCCGAGCCCUGGUCAUCGCUCCUCUCUUCGGCAUCGCACAAGUCGUCUACUUCGUGGGCAUCGCGGAGUUCCUGCUGGAGCUGCUCCCCAAGCACCGGGCCUAGCCCCGGGCUGGCAGUGUGCGCCCUCCCCCCUCCGCAGCGCUGGAUCCAUCCCCUGCCCGCCAUCCCUGUCGGUCAUGUCCGAGCUACAGCACAAAGGGUUCGCGCGGGGACGCGGAGGGACGCGGUGCCCAGGCGGGCCCACGCGGGCAGGGAGAGUCCCUCUGCCUCUGCCGCCGUCUGGAGCCUGCCCCCUCUCGCUCCUUCCACGGACAGUACUUCAUUAUUCCUCUCUCUCUCUGUCUCUUUUUAAUUUCCUGGUUUUUGGUUUUUAAUUGUCAUUCUUAAGGACACUGGUAAGCACAGACUGGGAUUGCAGACCCAGAAGUUUCCUCUCAGUCUUGGGGAGGAGGAGAGAUGGGAAAGAAGUAACUUUCAACUCUCAUGCACCUCAGUUUCCCUUUCCACCUGGAGCUGCCAGCCACCUGAGGAGGAGCUGGAGGGGCAGCUGUGUCCCCUAGCACCUCCUUGGCUCUGCUGACCUCGGGUCAAGAGUGAAUGCUGCACAAAGGGGGCUAAUCUCAUUGCUGCUGGAGGCAGGGGUGGGAUGCUGGAUCUGGCAAGUUUCUUGGCCUGGAAACCUUCAGUCCUCCCUUCUCCCUUUUUAAAAACUAGCUGGACUUAAAUGAAUUCUGAUUGUUCCUAUUGAUUUUGUAAUUAUUUUUGUUUUAAAGCAAAGGGAUAUCCCUCCUAACUAGGUGUCACAGGCACAUCGGGUGAGGUGCAGAGAUAAGGUGUCUGCUCUGUAGGGAACACGUCUGUGGGAUCACAUGAAUGUCCAAAGGUGCUUCCCUGCUUGGCUACAGGCACGGAAGUGAGAGGAACUUGGGAUCAAAUUAUUUUUGGUUUGGGGUUUUUUUUGGUUGUAGUUUUAUUUGGUUUUUUUGGU